UUUUAUUUCUUUCACUGUUACGAUUGAUCUCUCCGUCACUUCAAUGUCAACAAAAAUACUGACGGAUACUUGUUGAUGUGUAGUGUACUGUAGAAUUUUCUUUGGCCAUUACUGAAAAAUGGAAGAAGUACAAAAGCGGAACAAGUACACUGAUUGUGUCUAUUUUCUCGCGUCUCCUUUCACCUGCAAGAAGGGGAUUGAUUGUGAGUAUCGGCACUGUGAAAUUGCAAGACUUAACCCAAGGGAUUGUUGGUACUGGUUAGCUGGGAACUGUAUUAAUCCAGCCUGUGGUUUUAGACAUCCUCCACUGGACGGGCAUCUUAAUGAAGCACAAUCUGAAUUUGGUUCAUUGUCUUAUCAAUCUUGCAUGUCUGCAAACAAGAUCUCUGUUCCGUGUUUUUUUGACUUCAAUGGCUUUUGCAACAAAGGUGACAGGUGCUCCUUUUUGCAUGGUCCUGAAUGUAGUGCACCUGAUGGAAUAUCUUCAAGGAUAGCGUCUGCAGUUACUGAUGCUCUUCCCACAGAAAACAAGGCACUUACAGGAGAUAACACUGGGUCAGCAGCAACAGAAAGAUGUCCAAAUCUAUUGGAAACUUCCACAAAGCCAGCAGUGGUUAUGAGCAUUCAGACCAAGGAUGAUCUUCUGCAAUCAGCUCCUAGAAGCAUUCCACGGCAAAGUGCCUCGCCACAGAUGUCUCUAUCUGAGGGUGAAGAAGCUGCUGCUAUUAAGUCAGACCUAGAAGUUCCAAAAGAAUGCCCUGUGAAAAUUAGAUCUAAUCGAUGCACGGAUUGGAAUUCGAGGGAACGAGUGAAUGGCUACAUUGAGCUGGAUAGGCGGUGGGAAUCAUCCCCAGGUUUUGAUGUUCUUGUGGAUAGUGACAAUGCAUCAGAGAAUUUGGGUUAUUAUGAUGAUCCAGAGUACUUACAGGCCAUGAAUAGGAAGCACAGGGGUCUUAAUAGCCAUUUUUUGGGUUUUGAUUUGGAAAACCAAGUUGAGUAUGGCCUCACAUAUCCAGAUGCAGAACUUCUUUAUGAACGCCAGAUGUACUGUGGUUAUGAUUGUGUGGAUGGCUGCAUUCUUGAUAAUGUCAGAGAGACUUCAAUCUUUGCUAGAGAAAGGGUGUUGGAUUCAUUAUUUUCUAGAAAGAGAAAAUUCUUGUUAUCGAAAGUGGCAGUAAUUGACUGCAACCUGGAUCUUCGAGACUAUCUGAGGAAAUGCAGGGCAGUGGAUGAUCACUGCUUUAUUAAUUCAUCAAGAAAGCAUGAAUCAUGUAGAUUUUUUCAAAGGCAAGAAAGGCCUCAAAGGCAUGUUAUUGGUCAGCGGCUGCACAGAAGAUGGGAAUCAGUAGUUGGAAAGAAUUAUAUUGAGUCAUAUGGAGACAAUGGAACUCUUUCAAAUGGUGCCAAUCAGCGAGAGUGGCUGAGGUAUUCACAAGCUGGAAGGUUUAGGCAGAAUUCUAAGGAAAAUAGGCUGGCAAAACUGCGCUUGCGUUCAUCUGAAAUCUCUAAAAAUCCUGUUUUAAGGGAGAGGAGAUCUACUGAUACUUCUACUGCAUUUACAGGACCCAAGACUCUUGCUGAGAUUAAAGAAGAGAAGAAAAUAGUGGUUUCUCUGAGAAAAUAGGGCAUUCAACUUCAAGCAUAAGAUUGGCUGACUCUCAGGGAACAACCUCUUAGUGAAAUCCUCGAUUAAAAAAAGAGGCUGUGACUUUGAGGGACAACAAUACUAGCAGCCAUUGGCGUUCAUAUAGAAGUUCUGCAUCUGAAGGGGUCAUACUCAACUUGGUUUUCCAAAUCAUAAAACUUACCCAGAAAAAAAAAAAAAACUAGCAGCCAUUUUAUCUGGACUUCUGUAACAUCUAAAUUCCCCGGAUAUGUCCUUGCUGAAAGAAAGUUCUUAGAAUAAGCAGUUGGUCAGGCUAUGACUAUAUACUUCUAUCAGAAAUUUGGUAUCACUGCUCGUGUUGAGCUUGUCUUGAUUUUAUGUGCAGAGCUGCACAUCUAAUUCAGUAAAUUUGUAAUGAGACUGUCACUUUUUCCGCAUAUAACAAUGACUCUCUCAUUAGAGAUUAGCUUGCUCUUUAAAACUAUUUCUAAGCGAUUUAUGUUUGCUCUUUGUUAUAA